GUGAACGAAUGAUGCUGGGAAGGGGGCGUGGAAGUAACCGGAAGAAGGCGUGGUCUGAGGGGCUGCUGCCGCGGUUGGUGUCGCAGGUCAGGGCUCUUGCUUGUUUCCUCUUUUCCCGUAAACACCGCCGCCGUGUCCGGAGUCCGUGCGGAGAGCAAUGCGGCAAGGAGGGGAGUUGUGAAGGCCGUACCGGGAGCGGCUCUUCCGAGGACCGGAGACAUGGAGAACGAGUUCAAGACCAUAGACGAGGAGAACCGAUGGAGCCCGCUCUACGGAUGAGAAAGCAUCAAGUAAAGAACUUGAGACCCAGUCUGGUCUUAAACUAGAUAAAUAAGGCUCUAAUAAAUUCAAGGAUGAGCAGUGAUAGGUUGCUAUGGAAAAUCCAGACCAUUUUGGUUACAGGCAGGAAAUAAGGUUUAAUUCCCCUGUGUUAUCCAAUAAGAUAGCGAAGAAUCCGGAAAAUAAGAAUCGGAACAGAUACAGAGAUGUUAACCCAUACGAUCAUAGUCGUGUCAAGCUACAAAAUGUUGAAAAUGAUUACAUCAAUGCCAGUCUAGUUGUUGUGGAGGAAGCUGACAGAAAUUAUAUACUAACACAGGGCCCUCUUCCCAAUACCUGCUGUCAUUUCUGGUUAAUGGUUUGGCAGCAGAAAAGCAAAGCAAUUGUCAUGCUGAACCGAAUCAUUGAAAAGGAUGCGGUGAAAUGUGCACAGUAUUGGCCUACCCCAGAGGCAGAAGUACUUCUUUUUAAAGAAACGGGCCUAUGUGUCAAACUGGUGUCUGAAGAUAUUAAACCCAAUUAUACAAUUCGGCUGCUGCAGUUACAGGAUAUCAAUACUUCAGAAACCAGAGAAAUUUCCCAUUUCCACUAUACCACCUGGCCAGAUUUUGGAGUUCCGGAAUCCCCAGGCUCAUUCCUUGACUUUUUAUUUGAAGUGCGCAAUUCUGGUUCCCUUGGCUCUGAAUACGGGCCUUCUGUUGUACAUUGCAGCGCAGGCAUAGGACGUUCUGGGACCUUUUCCUUGGUUGACACAUGUCUGGUUUUGAUUGAGAAACGAAAGGAUCCUUCUACUGUGGAUAUUAAAAAAGUGUUGUUAGACAUGAGGCGCUACAGAAUGGGCCUAAUACAGACCCCGGGUCAACUAAGAUUCUCAUACAUGGCUGUUAUUGAGGGAACAAAGUCUAUUAUGGGAAGCUCGGGUGUACAGAAUUCAUGUAAAGGACUUUCCAGAGAACAACAUUCUAUGAAAACAGAUAACAAAAAGACUGAGGAUAUUUACAAUGGUAACAGGCUGUCUACAGGAGGACAAGAGCAAAGUGAGAUGAAUUCGGAAUUGUUCAAUAUACCACAACUGGCUGAUGGAGAUACACCAAGUUCACUUAAGAGGCGUGCCCGGGAUGUUAGGAAAGCAAACACUGCACAUAAAGUGCAGAAGAUGAAGCAAAAGAUGCAUGAAGCGGAACACAAAAGAAAAAGGCCGAGGCUCCUCAACACCUAAAUCUCCAUGGCUUGUGACUAUUCUCCAGCAAUUAUUCUGCGAAACCAUUGACAUGAAACCCUCUUCAGGAGCAAAUGUGAGGUUUAUAUAAUGAGCUGACCUCAUUGCGUUAUCUGUUUACCGCGUAAACUACUCCAUCCAGAGGGUGAAGAGCAUCACCAGCAUGAAACUUUACAGAACAGAUUCCACGUCAUUAUCUGUCGGGUGUUUUCUAUUGCAUGUAAUUUACAAAUAUAUGUAAGAUACAUUAGAAAUGUACUUUGUAUCAUUCUGCCAUUCACACUGUAUUUUUAUACUUUUUUGGCAGCAUUAAAUAUUUUUUUAAAAUGUGUUUAAUUUUU